CAUCCGCCACUUCAAAGCAAAGUACCGGCAUAUCCCGGUCUCCAGCAACAUAAGGCCCUACGCACACAUCCACAUGCCCACACAGUCGCUCGCCCUCGUGUUUCCCAUUCGAUCUCAUGACCUCGAUGCCUCAGCUCCGGCAAAGCCAUUUCAGCAAGUGUCCGCUCACCGGUUGCAGUCCUGCUCGGCGCGGACGGUGCAAGUCGGUUGAUUUGCACUGUCCGGAAGGCGCUUCGCCGAUCAUGCGGCUGUGUCGGUGUCCACCAGAGCGGCUGCACCCCCAUGGCCUUCUGGAAGGUUCGAGAGUCUGCUGCGCGUCGCAGCAUGCCCACAAUCCACUUUGCCGCUGCCCAAGAUCCCGACUAUCACUAUCAAUUCCCAAUUCCCAAUUCCCAAUUCCCAAUUCCCAAUUCCCACGCCUUGCACUUCGUCGUUCGCUUCAACACUCCUCUGAUCCUCGUUCUCUUCACAACCCCCGUGGCACUGCUCCGUCGCAUAGCAUAGCGCACUGGCGUUCGCAGCCUCUCUCUGUUUCUUGUCCAUCCUGUUUAUAUUCUCUUUCACUGCAUCUCGUCGCUUUCCCUCUUCGCCGAUCCCGCCGAGAACUCUCCACGCGUUUACUGUUCGAUCCUUCUUUGAUAUGUGCUCCUUGUUUGCAGCGCUAUGGUCUGAACCAUCGUCCACAUGCCGGCGCAUUUGCACUCGAUCCAUUUUUGUGAUGAAAUAAAGAUGACACGGAUUAUGAAAUGAGAUA